AUGGAUCUGACUAAUAGUAAGGGCGAGGCAUUGAUCGAAGAGAAUGUGGGUUCAUCAAGGCAUAAACCUAUUUUUAAGGGUCGAACCCCCGAGGCUGAACGGUAUUAUAAGUUGCUUGAGGAUGUUGAUAAGGAGUUGUACAAUGGAUGUAAGAAGUAUAAAAAAUUGGAAGCCGUUGUGAAGUUGUACCAAAUCAAGUGUUUAGGAAAUGUGACUAAUAUGGCUUUCUCGAUGUUUUUAGAGGCAUUUAAUGAUAUGUUGCCUAAUGGAGUGUGUUUGCCAAAAUCCUAUUCUCAAGCCAAAAAGAUUAUUGAUGCUUGCUGUAAUGACUGUAUGUUAUUUUGGAAAGAUACAUCGAGCUUGAAUGUGUGCUCUCGUUGUGGUGCUUCAAGAUAUAUAGUUAAUAAAGAUGGAGAUAGUUAUGGCAAGCAAGUGUCAGCUAAAAUUCUUUGA